UCCCAUUUGUCUCUUACCAUCUGAGCUUCCCAGCUAAAACACCCUCUACUUUGUAAAGAACCAUUCACUACAUCUUUUUGCAUCUCUAGUGAUCAUGGGUAGGUUUCUGGCCAUGAACAAAUAUUUUGCUGUUUUUCUUGCACUAGUUGCAUGCCAUGAUUCCCUUUUGACUCAUGGUAGAGAAAUAAAGCCUUUCACCCGUAUUCCCCAGCCUCUUAAAGCCAUUGUUAAUAAUGAUCCUACUCCAUCAUUAGAGAAGAAAGAUGAGUCAAUCGUGACAUCGAAGUAUGGUUUUGCAAGUUUUGGAAACUCAGGUGUAGCCUACACAAAUGGUUUCCGACCUACAACACCAGGAAACAGUCCUGGGGUUGGUCACCGAAAAUUUGCAGAAGAAGACAAAGAUAUGAAAGCGAAAGUGGUAGUUAACAGUCCUGAUGUUAAAGUUUAUGUGACUGAGGGGACAAAAAAUGGUUUCAAACCUACAGACCCCGGUCACAGUCCCGGUGUUGGUCAUGCUCAGCAAAACAAACUAGUCAACUGAAUUAGUCACAUAAACAAAUAAAUUCUUAUAGCUCCCAAAAUAUAUAUGUUAAUGUUCUUUUAUCAGGUCUUCAAUUAUUCUUGCAUGCCAAACUAUGCAUCUGGCAUGGAUUCACCUUGACUUUAAUUGAUUGGUUAAUUAAGGUCAAUAGGAAUUUUAUGUGAAAGUGAUCAAUUUGUCAUAAGUCGUCAUGUACCAUUUAAAAUGUUAGCAUGUGUGUAUUUGCAAUUGCUGGGUUUAUGUAAAGCAAAAGUUGCAAAAUAAAUGAAAAAUAUUAUGUAUACAAUUAGAUCUUGCACUACUAGAAAAGCUCAAUUUAAAGGCAAAACUUAAAGUCAGAUCUU